CACUGUUGUGCUCUUUUUCAACGCGGCUGGCCGGUUACCAUGGUAACAGUUCCUUGCUGACGCACGCAUGCGCACAAGCACGCAGCAACCAUCGCUGGCGUCCGUAAAAAGUUGCAUAGCAACCUCAUGGGCGACGUUGACUAAUUCUGAGCCAGACCAAAAAAAAAAAAGAAACGAAAAACACACGACUCGUGGACAUGUGGAGGAGUAAAACAACGUCACACGUUCAAGCGUUUACCGUCAAGGCCGCCAUGAAGAACUCCGUGGUGGCAGGUCCCCCGCCGGCAGGGGCUUUUCAGGAGCGCCCCUCCAAACCCACCAUGUUUCGGAAGUUCUAUGAGCGUGGCGAGUUUCCCAUGGCACUGGAGCACGACACCAAAGGCAACCGCAUCGCUUGGAAGGUGGAGAUCGAGAAGCUGGACUACCACCAUUUCCUACCACUGCUCUUCGACGGUUUAUGCGAGACUGCCCACCCUUACGAGUUCUUUGCCCGUCAGGGCAUCCAUGACCUACUGGAGCACGGCGGACCAAAGAUUCAGCCAGUCAUCCCGCAGCUCAUCAUCCCCAUCAAGAAUGCCCUGAACACGAGGAACCGCCAGGUGAUCUGCACCACCCUGAAAGUUUUGCAGCAUCUGGUGAUGUCCGGCGACACGGUGGGAGAAACCCUGGUGCCCUACUACCGACAGAUCCUCCCCAUCCUCAACAUCUUCAAGAACAUGAACAUCAACACUGGAGACGGCAUCGACUACAGCCAGCAGAAGAGAGAGAACGUCGGUGACCUCAUUCAGGAGACUCUGGAGGUGUUGGAGCGUUAUGGGGGAGAGGACGCCUUCAUCAACAUCAAGUACAUGGUGCCAACCUAUGAGUCCUGCAUGAUUAACUGAGGGUCGGGAUUGGGGUUGGGAGGGGUGGAUAUUCUUACGGGUGGAGGGUGAGGUACUAUAGCUGACACUUUUCCACUGCACAGUACCAGCUCGGCUCAGUUUCAGUGAUCGGUUUUGUACUUUAAAAUAGGGCCCGGUAAUACAUGGUAAUGGGGUCUCUUGUUUCAUACGUCUCGGGAGACAAAUUUUAUCCAAGAGGAGAUUGUGGGCAGAAAAAAGUGGAAACUGAAGUCUAUUGAUGCAAUGUCCCCAGCUGAAGUACAGCAACAGGGUAAGCUGCUUUUUUUAUCAUUUCCAUUUAUCCUCAAAGUUCACCUUGAUGCUAUCAUUGUAUUCAAGAGGAGAAUACGGGCAGCACUGCAACAAAGUGGAGACUGCGGUGUAUAACACUUUGGCAUAGCUAAAGCACAGCAACAGCACGCUUUCAUGUUCAUGUGUGUGAUGUUUAGCCAUGUUUCCUCAAAUGGUACAAUGACACUAAAGUUUAAUUUUAUGAGGAGAUUGAGGGCA